GCUACGCAGAAUGUGUAAGAACUGGGCGCAAAGCAUUUUCUGAAUCCGAUCCGGCGUGCCCACGACAACGAUGCCUGUGCCCACCGACUGAUCACAGUGCUUUACCCGGACAGCACUGAAUGGUAGCAGCUAAGAGACGGGUGAGGAGCGAGGGUUGCCAAACCCGGAGGAUAUCUCACGGCUCACGGACUAGAAUGCUCUUCUAUGUAUAUCCCCAUAAACGGAUGACAACCUCCAAACCAUCCUAUACUGAAAACUUUCACUUCUGCAUUUGACGUGGUGCUCUUAUUGAGGGUUCUUUCCUAACGGGGUCCAUCAUGCCGGUGCAAACUGUGGGCCAACGUUACUGAAAUGACUUGCUCGGCGCUGACGCGUUUCACUGUGCCAAGCCAACCCCGCAGUGUCAGAUGCCAUUUUAUUCUGCGCUAUUCUAGAACCUGGAAUUCCAUCAUACUGGGCCUGUUGUGUAACUAGAAGUUCGCGAGGCAGUUGCAAACAAGCUGGUGCAAUGAAACGCUACUCUCGGCCGGGCAUUGUGCGCAAUUUGUGCUAAAGCUUAUGGGUCCUGCGUACUCCAGCUCCCGGCUUACACUUGGAGAGGUGUGCUGCUGGGCUACAGCGCACUGGCUGUCAGCUUCACAUCUGGACCGCCUUGGUACUGACAACUGCGGCCUGUUCGGACUGUGCACUCCCUGAACUUGUAUGUUUACUGACUGACAUCGCCUCGGCUGGUGUCGUGUUAGGGAGAAGGAGUGCAUAUUUGACUGGGAUUUGACGUUAUCGGUGAUCCAACGGAACACCGUUGUUCAAAGCUGGACUGGCUGACUACUCAAGAAAAAAAUGCUUAUCCAGCUAUGGAUUUUGCGUAGCGAAAUCACGCAUUUUUAACGGCAACGCUAGGGUGACAUUGCAGUCUUCUCACCACAUCGGUUAUUUCGUCCUCCGUAAAAAAAAUAAAAGAGUGAAAGUGGAUUACUGUCCGUCAUACGUAUCAACGCAGUGGGAUUUCUACGUCUGGUCGGCGUUCCCCCCCACCCUUCCCGCGGUGACGGUUAUGGGUCGGAAGCGGUGUGUCGGUGCAGAUUGUUCCAAGAUGGCGGCCGGGUGCUGCGGGGUGAAGAAGCAGAAACUGUCGGGAUCGCCCGGGUCGGGGGGUCCUGGCGGGGUGGGGGCGGGAAGCGGGGUGGCAGGAACCGGACAUUGUGGCUCGGAGUUGGGGAUUGGCUCCUCCGCGACCGUUGCAGCAGCGGCGAACGUGAGCAGAGCCAACGGCCUGGGGGGACCCGGGGGUAACGUUAGCGGCAGCAGUAGUAGUAGUGGUAGCAGCGGCACGAACGCUCUGUCCCCAGUCCCGGCCGGUUACUCUUCAUCCGGCCUCUCCCCGAAUCUCAGCUCGGGACCCGGUUCGGGCAGUGGAGGCAGAAAGAUGGUUGUCUCAGCGGAGAUGUGCUGCUUCUGUUUCGACGUGCUUUAUUGCCAUCUGUACGGAUACCAACCUCCGAGAACACCCAGGUUUACAAAUGAUCCCUACCCGCUGUUUGUCACGUGGAAAAUAGGCAGAGACAAGCGGUUGAGGGGUUGUAUAGGUACAUUUUCUGCCAUGAACCUGCACUCAGGACUCAGGGAGUACACCCUUACCAGUGCCCUUAAAGACAGCCGCUUCCCCCCUAUGACAAGGGAUGAGCUGCCUCGCCUCUUCUGCUCAGUGUCUCUUCUCACCAACUUUGAAGACGUCGGUGAUUACCUUGACUGGGAGGUGGGUGUUCACGGUAUUAGGAUAGAGUUUUUCAAUGAAAAAGGUUCAAAGCGCACCGCCACCUAUCUACCAGAGGUUGCAAAGGAGCAAGGUUGGGACCACAUUCAAACCAUAGAUUCCUUACUACGAAAGGGAGGAUACAAAGCUCCCAUCACAAAUGACUUCAGGAAGACCAUUAAGUUAACCAGGUACCGUAGCGAGAAGUUGACAAUGGGUUAUGCAGAGUACAUCGCCCACCGCCAGCACCAUCACUACCAGAACGGCAUCGGGCACCCUCUACCACCCUACAACCAUUAUUCCUGACAGCGAGCCGCAUGACCAAUCACUGGACCUCUCCGCGGACCUUUUCCCUGGAGAGCCCGCCCCCUCCUGGUCUAGCUAUUUCUACUACUGUACCAUUUUAUGAUGAUAGUUUCCGUUGCCAUGCUGGCCGUCUCCCAGACGUUGACAUGGCAACGGGGUGGCAACUGAAGCAUCAUUUGCUCAUGGCAAGAAAUCCACAUUUCUUUUUCUUUGCCUGUGGUUACGUUUUUGCAGCAUAUGUAUACCAAUAUCUAUAACCCCCCCUAUUCAUAACAUUUUUGAAAACCAAUAUUCGAUUUGAUUAAUCUUAACGACUUUUCAGCAAACCUAAUCAGGUGUUUGAUUCUGUGGAUGGAAGGAAGUCUCUUACGGUGGAUUAGUGUAGCGCGUAUAUUAUUUAGGCUUUGCUAAAAAUGUAUCAUUGUGUUAUUUUUUCUUUUAUUCUUUAUCUUUCUAUCCAGGCCAUGUAGCAAGGCAACGGUGGUUUUCAAAGGCUGUGUCGUCUCUAUUCUGAUUCCUCUCAACAGGAAAAACCUUGACUGUUGAGCUUUAUAAACUCGUGUAGUGUCGUAGUUGGAACUAUAUACUGGGAUCUGUAUUCUCCAAAGUAUAGAUAGUAGGAUUGUGAUGCCCUUUUUGCUGGUAGUGUUAAUCUUUUGAGUUUGCAUUCUUGUGUGUAUUUCUGUGUGUGGAUAUAGAUUCUGGUCUUCCACAAGAUGGAGAAACCAGUGAGAUUGAAAUUAGAAAUCGGAUUUUAACCUAAAGACUCCCUAGAUUUUAUCUUUUUUGAAAGCUCCCCCCCUUAAAAUUGUAGUGUUUUGUGGUGGAAAUUGUAGUCCUUGAACUGAGUAUUUUUGUUAAAUGUGGACGAAGCCAUUGUGUCUGAGGAUAAUCACAGGGGGAUUUCUUAGUUAUCUACACAACGGGACAAGUUGCUCUGAUUUCCCUGAAUUGGAAGGUAGGAGCAAGCGUAACUCCAGGUCCCUAGAUUUAAAAAAACAAAGCAUGAAAAAUGUAAUUUAAAUUUACUGUCUUUUUACGGAGCUUACUGGCAGGGAGUCACUUGUCAGGGACACGCAAAAAAAAAAGCCAUAAAAUCUCUUUUUACUCCACUUUGAAAGAGUCUUGUUUGCGUACCAAUUUAAAGGAAUUUUGGGUUUCCAACAUCUGAAUGCAAACUCGCACCCUCACUGAAUGCUAGCCCAACCCCGAGGUUUCAGUCAUCUGUUGUAUAUUGCCCGUGUCGUCGUGGAAACAUUGUCUUGCCUCUUCAGAGUAUAGUUAACCAUUUUGUCACUUGUUCACUAAGUAUGAUGUAUUGAAACUGUCAUUUUGAAUGAAGACGCACCACGUGACGCACAAAGGAGGUGUCAUUCCCGUUCCUCUGUCGUUUAGAUGUGCAUGUGAUCGCAUCUUUUAGAAGUAGUUGUUGAAACUGCACUUUCACCAUUCUCUGCGAGAUCUUGUGGUCCGCUAAUGUUUGUUGUCACUAGGUCAGAGCAAAAACACAGUUGAAUUGGUUACAGCGCAAUCCGUGCCCUUGCAGUUAAAGUCUACAGAACAAGCCAGGGCUUUGUAAGAACUUAAGAAGCCAUUUCCCAUCCAAAUAUCACUCGUUGUGAGUCACAUCCACACACAAUAGGCUAGUUGGACUAACUUUUCUAGAAUGUUUUUUGAGGAUCGUGUGGCUUUCAGUUCUGCACUGGAGUGUUGUGCUAGGUUCUUGUAACUUGACAUGGUUUUGGUAACAGCCUUUACUAACUGACAGGUUCUUUUGUUUUCUUUAUGCAAAAAAAUGUCAAGGGCUUUUGGCACUCCAUCCACAGUAACCCGAAAUGACCCAGAUUUAAGUUGUGUUGCCUUAAAAGAAUGAUUUGAUAAAUGAUGGGCCAACGGAUGAUGCUCUGACUGUUCCUCUGUCCCGUGGUUUCCCAGCUCCAAUCUUCCCACCACAGUGUAGGAAAGGCUCUUUCCUCACUUGAAUGCUAAUAUUAAGUUAGACAUAUGGGGGCUCCUGUAUGCCUGCAGUGCCCUGUUAGCUUGCCCAGCUGCUGGUCCUCCAUUCUUUUUUUAAAGCCCCACAUAAACACAUUCUGUUAAAAUAAUGUCGGGGCUCUGUGAUGUCGUUACCCUUAGUGUGUAGAAACCACGGGAGCACCGUCUCCUUGAUAAAUACACACUACAUGAUGAAUAGGAACAGUCACGCCUUCGUCCCCCGGCCCAUUUUAAUACAGCACAACCUGAAUUCUUCUGCUGCAAAAACCAAAUUGACCAUGCUCUUUUACAUAUAUGUCUUUGUGUACACAUGCAAUGUAUUCAGUUGCAUGUACGUAUGAGUAUGAGACCUAUGGUUUUAUCCAUGAUAUGCUUGAUCUAUGGCUUAGACGCUCUUAUUAACCAUUAAGAGAUUUAAAAGACAAAUAUGGUGCUAUCAGACCUCAUAUUGGGGUGGUCACGCGCUCGUGACUGGUCAUGCGGACUCAUCGAUCAUAUCAUACUUUAAAGAUGCUGCAUGUAAGAUUUUCUCUUUUAGAGUGUCGCCGUGAAAUGGCGGCAAGUUGUUAAAUACCGAGAGAUUUGACCGGCGCAAGCGGUAGAGAAGAAUCUGUGCUUUCGUUAGGGUGACUUCCCUAUGGGAAAAACAGAGUGAUAUUCUUACCCAUAUAAUGAAGAAGGAAAAAGCCCCCACAGCAAACUUAGGGGCUCCAGAAUGUACUGUUAAUGGUGUACUGAGAGAAAAUCCUACAUGCGUUACCUUUACUAUCCUUGAUAUAUGCAGAUCUGUUCAACAGGUGUUUUUUUUUUUUCUUCCUAGCAGUGCAAGUCAACACCAUUGCAGGUUUGAAAGGACAAGAAGCCAUGCGUAGCCCCCCCCCUCCCUCCUUCCUAGAUUACUUCCGACCUUACGGCCAAGAUUAUCAAGGUUUUGGGUCGUUGGGUAGAUGGUCGCAGUAUUAGCAUCCGUUUUCCUGGAAUAUUUGGAUGCUGCUUUCACAGAGCACUUCCUCUGUUUUUCCUUAAGCUGCUGAACGGUUGGACCUCUGGGAUUACAGACGUCAACACCUCAAACUAUGAUGAAGGUAUUCAUCUCCUACGAUGGGACGAAGAGCUAAUGUUUUACGUAGAAGAAAAUAGUCCCGCGUCUGUACUGAUUUAUCUGUUUUAAAGCAUCGAUACCUCAUGGGAUAUUAUGGAACGGCAUUCGUAGUUCGUUGUAGCAGAUUGUGUUUUGGUUCCAUACCAGGGUUAGAGUUCGGCCUCAGCAUUCCGUGUGCGUUCGCUCUCAUGUGUCGUGGAAUGCUUAAGCUCGUGUUACCUUCGUAUGUUCGACUGAACCAAAGAUGCCAGCGGCUGUGCCCAAAUGCUGCUCACGGGCUUGGCUUCCUGUCCUUUCAAAAGACACUCCCUGCAAAUUGACAAUAUGUUUUUUUGUCUAUUACUUUUUUGUGUGUGCGAUUUCUCAACUGUCUUGACUUGUUAAGCAACCUUUCAAUGGAUUUUCAUUGAGUCUCUCUGAAGCCGUUCAUGGCAUCAAGGAUGGUUGCAAAUUGUUGUAACUUGUUUUGUUUUUUAUUAUUAUUAUUAUUAUUAGAAGUAGUAUUAGUACAUUAUUGCUAUAAUUUACAAAAAUGAAAAUCCCAUGGUGUGCCUCCUAGCUUUAUGGGUUUAUAAAUGUUUUUUUCCCUAAAGACCAGCAGUUAUACUUUGUAUAAAAGAUGGAUUUUUCCUUAUUUUUUAUGCCAUUAAAGAUGAAAAGCCUGUUUUCGUUACUCUGGACCCAGUAGCUGCACUGGUAUACAAUCGCACUGAUAGAUAAAUAUUAAUUUAAAAAAAAGAGAAUAAAUGAAUCAAUAAUAAUAAUGAUAAUGACGAAUGAAAUAAGAACUACAAUAAACUUGUGUUUGAAGCUUUUAUAUUAAAACAAAAAAAGUUAAAAAGAAAAUAAAAAAAAGAAAAUGACUGUUUUUGUACAUCAAAAAUAAAUUCUUUUCAAAAUAAUAUUUUGGAUCUAGUUUCAAAAUUAUUUUAGUGGUUUUCUAUGUUCAGAAUUUUUGAGACACUGAUUCUAAGACGUGUCACUGUACAAAAGGACUUUCUGGUGCAGUGGCCUGAUGGGCUGGGAGGGUUACCUGGUGUAACUCCUCAUACCAAUUCUUUCUUUUCCUUUUGAUUUUUUUUGAUAUUUUUCUUUAGUAAAUUUUAAAAAAUGUUGAUGGAAUAUUAUGAAUAUGGGAACUUUGAAUCCAUCCCCUGUAGAACUAGACUCUUCCUCCUUUCCUUUUGAAUUGCUGUUAGUGUGACAAGACUUGAAACGGGCAUUUAAUAUGAUAGUAUGACUCCAAAAGAAAAAAAACACAAAAAUAAACACACCAAAAAAAAACGUAAGAAAAAAAAAAAGCAAAAGUGUGGGAAGGGUUGAAAGAAUAUAUAUAGAUGAGUAUGUAAGCAAUGGCUGUGAAGAUAAUGUAGUUUUAAACAUUGUUAUUACCUUUUAAAAUCAUUUAUUCAAUAAAAAAUACAAAAUCAACUGAAAA